AUGACCAGGGCUGCUUGGAUGCGGCGGCAGCAUGACGAAGGCUGGAAAUCCUGGUUCGCAGCCCGAGAGCAUGAGAAGCCGUUCGCCGAGUCGGAGCGGGCCCAGAGAUGGCGACUGUCGCUGGCCUCGCUGCUCUUCAUCACGGUGCUGCUCUCCGAUCACCUGUGGUUCUGCGCCGAGGCGAAGCUGACGCGGACCCGGGACAAGCGGUGGGACGCGGGGCUCUCAAUUACGGACACGACGGGCGAGCACUCCCCGCACUCCUCCUCCUCCCCCCCCCGCCGCCGCCACCACCACGUCCCGCCGUCACCCGACCCCCCCCUCCGGCUCGCCAGAGAGCAAGAUGUUAUUUUUCUAGGGAAUUCUACCAAGUCUCUGUGGCGGAUGGACGCGUGUCACCCGGACAGCCUGUCCAAAGACUGCUUCACUUUCCCGGACGCGGAGAGCGUGUGCCUGGGCCUCUCCGGCGGAGGGGGCGAGGGGACGCCGCUGGCGUACGUGAAUCUGAGCGAUUUGUACCUUUCUUUUUGUAAUUCCUACUCACUUUUGGAUUUGUUUUACGGGUUUACGAGUCCGGUCGAUUUGAAUUGCACCCUGGAUAUGGCCAUGGGGGUGGAUCUGCCGGGAUGCAGCGAGUGCGUCCGGGCUUAUCAGCUGCUCGACCUGGAGGCGGAGGAGAGGUACCAGGAGUUUGAGCUGCUGGUUCAAAAAUACGAGACGGACGCGUACUCGGUCAGGACGUGCAUGGAGGAAUGCAAGAUGGUGUAUAAGCCCUGGCUGUGUUCUCAGUACUUCCAGACCACCCAGAUGCACUGCAGCAAGCGAAUCCCCUGUGGUCAGUACUGCCUGGAGGUGCAGCAGCGGUGCCCCUUCGUCCUGCCCGACAAUGAUGAUCUCAUUCAUGGAGGCAGCCCCAGUUUUAUAUGCACAGGGCUGUUGGAGGACUAUCCUUCAGGUGUGGACCCAGAUGCAGAGUGCUGCGAUGUGCGGUGGGACUUGAAAGUGGACAACCGAACCCGGGGGACCCUGAAAAGAACUCACCCGCCAUGCCAGCACCGUACCUCCCUCAGCUCCUCAGCAGCCUGCAGACUGUGUAACAGCCGGCUCAAACUCUGCCUGCUGGUCCUCGUACUCCUACACACUGUUGCCAGCCUCACUGCAUCCCACAAUGCAACAGGACUGGGCCUCCCUGCCAUCACGCCUCUGGAGGAGAGCCCUGCCAAUGAGGAGUGA